AUGAAAAUCGUCUUAUUGGCAGAGUCAGACUGCGACAGAAUUUGCUAUCCAACAUAUUUACGAAAUCAUGAAGAUGGGACGAAAUUGAAUGUUGGCGAUAUCGAAGGGGGAGAUUAUUUCAACGAAGAUAAAUCAUCUAGCGGCGAAUACUGGGGAUCCCUUGGUACUUAUAGUGGGGCUGGUUACACGGUGUUAUUGCCUUCUGACAAUAAAACCGUCGCCCAAACCAUCUUGUCGCAACUAAAAGAUUACUUAUGGAUUACUCGAGGCACUCGAGUCGUUUUUCUGGAAUUUUCAUUAUUCAAUCCAAAUAUCAACGUGUUUUCAUCUAUUCGGUUAGCUUGGGAGAUUCCAAUCACGGGAGGAGUGACCACUUCGUGGGAUAUUGAAACGGCCAAACUGACCCUGUACUCUACUUUCUUUGAAAAACUGGUGUUCGUCUUUGAAAUUGUAUUUAUUUUCUUGACUGCUUGCGUUUUCAUCGAAGAAGUGAUAACUUGGUUUUUUCUUGGAUUUAAAAAAUAUUUGACGAGAAUGUGGACCUACAUUACACUAUUGAUAUUUGCCCUAUCUUGUUCCUGCAUUGCUUGCAGCUUGUAUCGAUACUUUAGUCUCAAUUUUGUCGUGUCGGAACUCUCGAUCACAGGAAACCAGUUUAUUGACAUUCAUCACUUGGUUCAAUUGGAGACAAUAUACAAAAAUAGUUCCGCCCUUUUAACAUUGCUUGUAUGGAUCAAGCUUUUUAAAUACUUGUCAUUUAGUGGAAACAUAUCGCGUAUUGUGGAGACUUUAAGCAGGUGCGCAAAGAAUAUCGGAGGAUUUUCUAUAAUUUUUCUCAUAAUUUUACUCGCUUUCGCACAACUUGGUCACAUUGUAUUUGGACAACAGGUGUUGGCUUUUAGAACAUUUCCACUUUCGGUUUUUACCUUGUGGAGGUUCAUUUUAGGGCAGUUUGACUUCUCAAAAGUUUCAAAUGCCAAUCGCUUCCUUGGGCCUACAUUCUUCUUGACAUUUAUAGUUUUUGUUUUCAUCAUAUUAGUCAACAUGUUUCUGGCCAUAAUCAAUGACAGCUAUCAUGAAUGCGCACAAGAGGAGAAAGCAGAGAUGAGCAAAAAGCCGGUAGAUCCCGACGCCACAGACGAGGACUGUGUUGCUUGCUUAUCUUCUUCAUGUGCACAAAGAAAAAGUGAAAAGACUCGUGCUUUUCAAGACAUGAAAGAAAUUUGCAUUGAUCCAUCUGAAAUCAAGGAUUACUUAGAAUACCGGAAGAAAUACUUUUCGAACGUAGAUAUUGAAAUGUUCAUGGAAAGAUUCAAUAUUGCUGAAAAUGAUGCAUUGGAUGGAAACGAGGCUCACAAACUACUUACCGACAUCAUAUACAAUACUUACAUUGCCAAAACUGAAUUAUUCGAGCAAAUAAGAAAACGCCAUCCUGAUGAUAACCCAUUGCCCACUGUGACAAAUAUAAAGCAAUCAAAAUUGUUGGAGAAAGCUCAUGCUGAAAUGUUAACUGAACGUGUGGGUGUGAUUGAAUCUACUGUUGUGGAACUGGUACCAAAAAUCGAAAAGUUCCUUACAAUAAUCGAGUUACAAAUUGAAGGUCAAAAGAAUGCCAACAUUAUCAACAAUCAAAAUAAUGCUCCUAAACGACGUUCAUUAGGAAGUGGGUUUUAUAAAUAUGAUAAAUAGGUAGUUAAUUUAAUGCUUAUGCUAUGAGCCAGGUAUAAGAAAUCUAUGUACCUAAAUAUGCAGCUGAAUUCCAUAUUCGAAAUUUUAUGAGACCAAUAAAAGUCAAAACAUUCAUUCAUGGAGAUGCUCGAAGCUAAGGGAAACUACACGAUAUAUGAAAUAUGUUAAAAAUACAUUAAAAAGUCUUAAAUAAAAUUAGUCAGUGAAGCUCUCGA